UUAAUCUCCAAGUGGAUGUAUGUAUUGCAGACCAUCCAGCAAUUACAAACAAAAAGCUCGCCUCCACUUGCACAGCAGAUGGCCCACAAUGGUCCGCUGGAGUUGUAUUUGAUGGGUUCUGCCAUGGACAUCUUCCAGACUCUGAUUGCGGAGCUUGAUACAGAAGGGCGUUACCUCUUCCUUAAUGCCAUUGCAAAUCAGCUGCGCUAUCCCAACAACCACACACAUUUUUUCUCCUUUGUUCUUCUCUACUUGUUUGUUGAGGCAAGCCAGGAAAUCAUCCAGGAGCAAAUUACAAGAGUUUUGCUGGAACGCCUGAUUGUAAAUAGAUCCCACCCAUGGGGUCUUCUCAUCACUUUUAUCGAGCUCAUCAAGAAUUCAAGAUACAACUUUUGGAGCCGAACUUUCACAAGGUGUGCGCCGGAGAUUGAGAAACUGUUUGAAUCGGUUUCACGAUCUUGCAUGGUCUCCGACAACAUGCACUGACUGGUUCUCUCAUUUGUAAAUAACUAGCGUAAUUUUAUUACUGAUAAUGCCCAUAGAUAGACCAUAUAAAAGGUAU